AUGGAGUCGCCUGAGUCGUACUUCAAGUCGCGCAUCGUGUGCGACGAAAUCGUCACGUCGGAUGUGGACAACGAGCCUGCCUCGCCCGAUUCCACUUCGCCCAGCCCCUCAUCUCCUCAUGCCGAAUUGGCGACCUGCGAUGUCGACGUCAUCUCAACAAUCCGUGACCAAGAGACGCCAGCUCCGUCUUCCGCUACGCAGGAGGAGAAUGGAGGAGCUUCGUCGGCGCCCGUGGCCGAACUGCCCUACAACUACACUCGUCUCUGGGGCCUGGGCACCUUGAACGUGUUCGCCGAUUGGAUGAUUAUGAAGAUCCUCAGGUUGCUCGCCGCUGAGGACCUCGUCCAGCUGUCACUCGUGUCGCGCGCCUUUUACAUCUAUUCCGACGAGAACGAUCUCUGGAAGGAUCUCUGCAUCCGCAAGCAUGCCGGCGACUUCCGGUACAAGGGUACGUGGCGGCGUACGACGCUGCUGCCGAAGGAAAAGGACAUCCCGACGCCCUACCAGAAAAUUCCCGUCCCGGGCUUCCACUCGGACUACCUCUACUCCAAGUGGUACCGCGGGAAUGUGUCGAUGGCCCACUUCUCGGAACUGCCCAAGGAUCUGCCUCCUCAUCUCCAAGUGCCCCGCCGCUCCGGCCUCACGGUGAAUGAAUUCAUCGAGGAGUACGUCAAGCCCAACAAGCCCGUCAUUCUCACCGACGUCGUCACCCAGUGGCCCGCCUGGAAAGAGAAGUCAUGGACCAGGGAAGCGCUGAUCAAGAGGUUCCCAGAUACGCCGUUCCGUGUCGAUCAGACAGAUGACGCUGGCCAGAAGCUGAAUAUGACGCUCAGCGAUUACUUCCAAUACUGCAGCCAGACUCAAGAUGAGGAUCCCAUCUACGUGUUCUGCCCCCUUUACGGCGAUCGUGCGCCCAAGCUGCUGGAGGACUAUGAAGUGCCGCCGUACUUCCCCGAGGACUUCUUCUCACUCAUGGGCUCUGAGCGUCCCUUCUACCGGUGGGUCGUCAUCGGCGGACCUCGCUCGGGUUCUCCGUUCCACCUGGAUCCGUUCAAGACGUCGGCGUGGAACGCGCUCCUUGUUGGACGCAAGAGAUGGGUGAUCUAUCCGCCCAACCAGGUCCCGCCAUCCGGAGUGGAUGUGGACGAAGACGAGGAUACGGGCGAGAUCGACUACACCGGCGAGGACCCGAUCGUGUGGUUCCUGGAACACUACCCGCUCAUCAAGAACAGGGAUGUGAGCCAGCACCCGAUCGAGUGCAUCCUCGAAGAGGGCGAGAUCAUCUACGUGCCCACCAAUUGGUGGCACAUGGUGUUCAACUUGACGGAGACCGUCGCCGUGACGCAGAACUUCUGCGACUCUCACAAUUUUGAAGACGUCUACAAGGACCUCGCCAAAGACAAGGAGUUCAAGAAAGGUGUGUACCUCUUUUCGGAGAAGAUGCUGAUGAUGCGGCCCGACCUGAUGGCCAAGGUCACCCUCCCCAAGUCCUAUUGGAAAAAGAAGGAGAAGUACCGCAUUAGGGAGUUGGAGAAGAGGGAAGAGCUGCGGCGCCAGGAAGAGGAGAAGCAGGCCACGGUCGAGGAGACCGAGUGGAACGAGUCGGCCUUCUGGCGGGUGCCGCCGUCGCUCGACGACCUCGACGAGGAGGAACGCGAGGCGCUCAAGAACACCAAGGUCCACGUGCCGCCGCUGAGCUUGCCCAGCUCCUCUUCCGAGAGCGAAAGCGAAAGCGACAGCGAUAGCGACGACACGACCAGCGGCGACAGCGGGAGCGGGAGCGAGAGCCAAUCCGAAUCCGAGAGCGAGAGCAACACGGAGAGCCACGACUGA